CACGCGACGUCGCCACACCUUCUUGCCUCCCACCUCAUCCAUCCUCAACCUCACGUUUCCCUCGCGGACGACAGCCUGCCCAGCAAUGUCGGCCAUGUCCAACCCCGAGGUGGCGCGCUCCGACCUGCCGCUGUACAACAACCAGGCCGGCGCUCCGCCGCAGGCCGAGGUGAUGCGUCCGUCGGAGAUCGCCUCUGUGCAUUCCUCGCACUCGGCAUCCGACGCAAAGGAGUCGUACGCCGCCAAGCCGCAGCAGCAGGCCGACGCCGAGGCCUACCCGGCGGACUCCACGUCGGCAGACUCCGACGCCGCCGCCGCGCUGUACGCGCGCGAGAACGGCCUGGAUGUGGAUGUGCCCAAGACGGGCGGCAUUGGACACAUGAUCAGCAAGGCCGUGCACUCGCGAUGGGCCAUCUACGUGCGCGACUUUGGCAUGGUCGCCCUCAUCUUCGCCUGGUGGCUGCCGGGCAUCAUCAACGAUGACCCGCGCGUGCGCGGCAAGCGCGUGCCCAACUCGAUUCUCGCCUGGUUCUUCAUCCUCUUGAUCCUGAUGCACGACAGCAAGUACAUUCCUCAGCGCCCCUUUGUGCGCAUUCUCUCUGCCUUCUGGAUGACAUGCAUCGCCAAGCCGUGGUCGCUGCUGCCUCACGUCGGCAAGCUCGCUGUGGGCUGGCUCUCCCUUGCAGCGCUCGUCUUUGGCACGACGUACGGCCUGCCCGUCGUGGCCGAGUCGUCGCUCGGCGAGCGCACCAUCUCGCUGGCCGGCGUCGUGCUCAUCUACGGCAUGCUCUUCAUGUUUUCGAGCAACCACAAGGCCGUGCAGGUCCGCACCGUUGUCCUCGGCAUCGGCUUCCAGUUCAUCAUUGCCCUCUUUGUCUUCCGCACCGGCGCCGGCUACUCGCUCUUCGAGUGGAUCGCCAUUGCGGCGGCGGACCUGCUCAAGCAGGGCCAGAUCGGCGGCGCGGCCUUCUUCUGGCGUGAUCUCGUCGACCAAGGCUACUUCUUCAUCAACGUGCUCAGCAGCAUCAUCUUCUUUGUGGCGCUCACCAUUGCGCUCUUCUACUGCGGCGCGCUGGGCUGGUGCAUCAAGAAGGCCGCCUGGUUCGCCCACGCCGUCUUUGGCAUCUCCGGCGGCGAGGCAGUCGUCGCUGUGGCCUCGCCUUUCAUUGGCCAGGGCGAGAACUGCGUGCUUGUGCGCCCUUUCGUCAAGUCCUUCACGCGCAGCGAGCUGCACCAGGUGCUCGUGUCUGGCUUUGCCGCCAUCGCCGGCAGUGUGCUGAUCGCGUACAUCGGCCUUGGCGUUUCCGGCCGUGAUCUGGUCACCUCCUCCGUCAUGUCCAUCCCCGCCUCCAUCGCGGCAUCCAAGAUCCGCUACCCGGAGACGCAGCACUCCUACACGUCUGGCCGCGUGCAGAUUGCCGCUCAGGACGAGGACGGCAAGGCCUCCGACGUCUUCCACGCCCUCUCCAACGGCGCAUGGUUCGGCCUGCGCGUCGCGGGCCUGAUCUUCUGCAACGUGCUCGUGAUUGUGUCGCUGCUCUACACCAUCAACGGCCUCCUGACGUACAUCGGCCGCAACUGGUACAUCACCGAGGACAACGGCCCGCUGACGCUGCAGCUCAUCCUCUCGUACGUCCUCUGGCCGCUCGCCUUCAUGCUCGGUGUCCCGGCGCGCGACUGCCUGCGCGUCGCCGAGCUGAUUGGCCUCAAGGUCGUUGCCAAUGAGUUCGUGGCGUACAACGAGCUGCAGACGGUCAUCAUGCCCGAUGCCGCCACGCGUCUCUCGCCUCGUGCCUACCUCAUCGCCAAGUACGCACUCUGCGGCUUUGGCAACAUCGGCUCGCUCGGCAUCAACCUCGGCAUUCUGGCUGCGCUGGCGCCCAAGCGUGCCGGCGAGAUUGUGCGCCUGCUGCCCAGUGCGCUGCUCACCGGCAUCCUCGUCACGCUCUCGUCGGCGGCCAUUGCGGGCAUCGUCGGUGACCCGCUGCUGGAUGCCUACGUGCCUACGGCUGCCUAAAAGGGCUUUGCAGCACAUGUGCCCUCUCUCCCUUGCACACUUGUCUUGCAGCCCCAUGCUCUGGUCUCGUCUGUU